CUCUAGGAAAGCAAAAUUUUGUCAACUCUUUUCAUAUUGUGCUUCUUACAUUGAACCUUCCUUGUCAUUGGCUGUUGGCUACUAGAUUUGUUUUAAAUUUUGUUGAAGAGGAUAUGAUAAAAUAACCCACCAUUUUCAUUUGAACUUUUUCUUCUUAUCCUUCCACUAUGUCUACAUUAUGGACUGUACAGCAGCACAAUUGUACUGCCUCUGUAAGGCUCCUGUGUAGCUGAUUUGUGCUGGCAGGAGAGAGCUCUUAGGUCGGCAUAAUUAUAUCUUCCCAAAGGCAUGACUGCAGGAGAGUGUUUCCCACUGACCUAGAGCUGUCCAUGUUGGCACUUUCUUCGGUCAGGAGUGGCUUUUUUUGAUUUUACACACCUGCCUACCCGUGUAGAAAUGCCCUUAGUUACAGUACACAGAGUAUAUAUAAUCUUGGCAGUGACUGUUGACAUGCACAUUGCUCACUAAGUAGUCUGUGGGGAAGGUGCCUACAGUUUCUUGCAUCAUAAUGCAGAGAUUGUGUGGCUGAAAGUAAAUAGCUAUUACUUGCACAAUGUUUCCUAGACAUGACGGCUGAACUUAAGAUGAUAGAAGUUGCAUUCCUUUAAAAAAAAAAAAAAAAAAAAAAAAAGCUUUAAAUAUUCAACAUUAAACUGGGAUCAUUUGCCUGCAAUGUGGCUCUGUGGGCCUGGCCCUCCUCCCCAUCAUGGGCCAGGGCUGCUUCGGCCAGGCUGGGCCGCCGAUUAACCAUAACCGGUGGUAUACUCUUCACUCCAAACCAGGCAAGAAAGAAAAAGAGAGAGGAGAAAUUGAGGUGGAUAUUCAAUUCACGAGGAGCAACAUGACAGCCAGCAUGUUUGAUUUAUCCAUGAAAGACAAGUCCCGGUCUCCGUUUGGAAAGCUGAAAGGCAAACUCAAAGGAAAGCGGACCAAUGGAUUGCCUGACACUGCUUCCGCCAUCAUUCCCAGCAUCACUCACUCACCAGCUGAUAGUGAAGAGGAAUCACCUGAGAAAGACAAGAAAAAAUCCAAGUUCAAAACCCUGUUUUCUAAACCUGGUUUGCAGAAAAACUCCCUGUCCCAGUCCAUGUCAGUUUUACCUCCUUUUCAGACAGUGACCGAGAAAGUUAGGCUUAAACCUAGUGACUUUCAGUCAAAAUGGGGGGAUGAUGAUGAUGAAGAAUCUGCUUCUCCAAAUUCAGAACAGGCCUUUGGAAACAAAGCUGAAGAUAAUUCACUUCAUGUUCCUGUACUCAUGGCUCAUAAGAGAACAGCAAGUGAAGACAAUAAGCAACUAAGCCAAAUAACUUCCAGCAACACCAAGAAAGAAGGGCUCUCCUUAUUCAGUGGCCUUAAAUCUAAAAAUCCUGAUCCCGAUCCCACAUCCCGAUCCAAUGUGUGUAUCAAUGGCAAUCAUGUUUAUAGGCAGGAAGGUGAAACGAAAAAGGAAACUCUGUCAAAGGAGAAUACUCCUUCCUCUUCCCCUCAAAUGUUCAGGAAAAUCCAGCCCUCUGAAUCAGAAGAAAACUUGUCUUCCAAAUCCACUAAGGUACACGAAAAAUCAGGAAGAAUUUCUCCUAUUAGAGGUUUACCCGGGUCUCCCUCACUGGAGUCCUUUAAGUCUAUGACCCUGCCAUCAUACAAACUGCUUAGUGGUGGUGAUUUACUGGAAAAUAGUGCUCCAUUGAGUUUAGAAAUGACAAAAGAAGAAACUAAAGAAGAAAAAAAACAGGAGAAUAAGAAGACUUUGUUGUCUCUAGUCACAGGAAGAAAGGAAAUAGUGAAAAACAGCAAUGUAGAAAGUAUGUCUGACAUGACUUUAAAGAAGAGAGAAGCCAAUCCUCUUGAAGAAAAGAAGAAUGAAAAAGAGGUAAAACCUAUUGAAAUCCCUAAGGACAGCAACCAAGCAAGUACUUCAGAAAACAGCAACAUAGCAGAUGUCCCCAAAAACAAGCAAUCGCGUAACCCUUUUGACGAGGCGGUCACGGAAGAACAGAAACCAGAAAAGUCUGCAGCCUCUGCAAGGACAAUCCAAACCAAAGCUGUCAAACCCAGACUGGGAGUGUCUUCAGAGGAUGAAACCAAAGCCACGCUUGCUACAUCUGUACCUAAUUCCCUUCCUGCUUUCCCUUCUGCACAUCAUUCUAGUAGUGACAGUAACCUUUUUGCUUCUAAAGUGGAACAAAAAUUUAAAGCACCAGACUCUGCAAACUCUAGUAUGUCUCUUCCUCCAUCUCUUGGUACUGGACAAUGCUCUAAUGACAAUAACAUGUUAAUUUCUGACAAGGGACAGGAAUCCAAAACACAAGACUCUGAAAGCUUCACUAAUCCUCUUCUGCAUUUCCCUCAUCCUCCCACAACUCUGGGACAUGGUUCUCCUCCUCCCCUUUCUUCUCACCUUUCUGUUGACAUUAACCCUUUUGUAUCUAACCUGGGACAGGAAUCAAAAGGGCAAGACCUCAAAAGCUUUACUAGUCCUCCCUCUUCUUUCUCCCUUCCUUCUGCUGUUUCUAGCAAAAGCAGAGGCAUUAAGCAGUCAGUGACCGUCCCCCUUGCUGAGCUGGAAAAUACUGAUUCCAGCAGAAGUCAUGCUGCAGCUUUAGACAGAGAGCAGCAUGAGAGAGGGCACCCUGAUCAGUGUGAAGAAAGGUUUACUACAGAUCUAGCCACAAUAGACAAGAGAGAAGGGUUUGCCCCUGUGCUGGAUAUGGAGUGCUACCCUUCAUUUAAACUCAGUGAUGAAAGUAGGAAUUCUAUUCAGAACAAUGAGAACACUGUUCUGGAUGACGUUGAAACCAACAGUACAAGUGCUGAAAUGUGGAAAGACUGCAGAGAACCAACUUCUCUCUCCCAAUCUAAUUAUAGCCUUUCACCUAAGAAGGCUGUGGUACAGCCAUCUUCUCCUGAAAGCAAAUUAAAUGAGGAGCAAGAAAUAUGCAGUGAAAAGAAAAUUGAGCGUUCUCACAAAAUGGGAGAAUUUGGGCUCACAUUAGAGUCCAAGGCAACUCAUGCUGUCAAAAGUGGCUCUUCCCUUCAAGUGGAGCUGCCAAAACCAAUCCCGAGAGUUCACACAUUGCUCCCUAAGGACACUAACAAGUCAGAGGAUGUUACUGAACUCAGUCCUCUAUUUGCAAAGCCAAAGCCUACACCUAGAAAGGCUGUAAAACUAAAUAAGUGUGUACCUGUUUCUCUGACUGACAGAAUGAAAGACCAAGAGAUGCUUAUUCCAUCUGACAGCAGCAUGUCUGGGUCUGGAUUUGUGUUUCAUAAUGGGAAUCCCUUGAACCCACAUGAAAACCCAGCAAGUGACAGCUUAUUAAAAACUGCCACUCUGUCAACUAUACAUCUUGGCAAAGAUGAUAGCGAUAAUGGACACUUAAAACACAAAGCUUAUGGUCAUGAUGAUUCAUUGUUUGACUGUAGGACAGAUCUGAAGGCUGCCUUUCCAGAUACUGCUGAUCAGAAUCUAACGCUGGUUGGCCUUCCAGUUAUUCCAGAAGUAGGAUCUGACGAUGAACUCCUAGACAAUUAUAAAAAGAAUAAUGAAACAACAGCAAUUGAUAGACGUUUUCCAAAUACUGAAAAUCAGUGUCUUGAAAAUACUGACAAUUCAUUGUCAGUUACUGAAAACAAACUGAGUUCAGAUAUAAGCUCUACUGAUAGAGCAAGUAUAUUGCUUCAGGAAGAGAAAGAUGGCUCUGAAGAUACUUUUACAUCUAGCAAAUCAUCCAAAUUAAAAUCAGAAGUAGACAUUCAUAGUGCAAGCAACAAGAUUAGUGAGUUGGGUUUAGAUACGCUGUCGUACCCCAGCGAGCAUGAAUGUGGUGUUGAGGAACAGGAAUGGAAGGAAUCUAGCAGUAUUAAAGAAAAUAGGAAGAGUGAUUUUUUUGAGCCCACUGAAAAAUCAAUUUCUUUUACCUCCCUGUCCAGUUCUUCUCAACUCUCCGCUUUUUCUAAUUCCCUCCAAUCUGGCACUUGCAACAGUACUAGAGCAGAAUCAGUGAAAAAGCAACCGGCAGAGAGCUUCAGUGAUAAAGCUGAAAAUGCAGGCAAGAAGAAGCUGCUUCAGGCAUGGGUUUCACCCUCUGAGACAUUUCCCAAUCGAACACAGCAGAGUGAUGGAAGUGUGCCUGUUAAGCACAGACCUCAUCCUGUGAAGCCAAUGAACACCACAGCAAAUAAUUUACAUACCAAAAAUUUGAUUCCAUCCACAAAUGAAAAAUGGAUUGAGAGCAACAGAAAGAAAUAUGAUCCUUCAGACCCUGCCUAUGCUUAUGCUCAGUUGACACAUGAUGAGCUGAUCCAGCUGGUAUUGAGACAGAAGGAUACCAUUACAAAGAGAGAGCUCCAGGUGCGGGAGCUAGAAGACUACAUUGAUAACUUGCUUGUCAGAGUCAUGGAAGAAACCCCCAACAUUCUUCGGGCUACGUCUCAAAUGCAAAAAGCUGGAAGGAUAUAAAACCUCUACCAAUAAACCUGGCUAAAGGACUGAACUCCCAUCUUGUUGUUCAAACUUCACAGGUAGAUCAUGUGACGCUACUGAUGUUUUGGUACCUGCUACCUACAAAACAGUCACCUUUCUGUGUCUCUUGCAAAAGUUGAUUCUACUUAUCUGGAGGCCAGUUAAUAAUUAUACCAGGUCUUGAACACAUAAGCCAAAAAUACAAUAGUCAGAAGUUUUCCACCUUUCUUUCUGGUAGGCUGUAAAUAUUUUCUCACCACCUGGGAAGCAUUGUUAAAGAAACUGAUUGUAGGCUUGAGAUUCAUGAGGCUCUGAAGGUUUUUUUUAAGUCUUUUCUCAGUGAGACACUAAUGGUUCUUGGCUUUUGAAUUUCUGUAAUUUAGUAGUACUGAGAAUUUAGCUUAAGGGUUGGGGUUUAAAAACUGAACCAUGUUCUCAAUCUGAGAAACAAUAGUUCUUAAAUAUGAUUUAAGUUGUGCAAUAUAAGUCAUCACAUACACUAAUCCAAGCAUUUGAUUGCUGUGUUCAGAUAAUUAUAUUACAGAAGUUGGAAUGCUCUCCAGAAAGAGGUUUUGGUAACCAUAAGUGGCCUUAUUCUAAAUCUGUAAAAUUGGACGGCAUUUAAAUCUACGUGAAAAUGUGAUUUGUACUAGCCAAGUGCCUGCCUCUCAUUUUGGGAAGGGAAGUGCCAAGCCUGUGUAAAUCUAAUGGUGAAAAAUUCAAAGCGGUGCUCUGAGCAGACUCUUCAAUGCAACAAAAAUCAAACAAAGUUGCACUUGCCAUCUUCCUAGAGGAUUAAAGAACAGGUAUGAAAUAUAGACCAUGUAGUGGUCUGAAUUGGGAGCUGUUUUGUUUCAUAGCCAUCGUAUUCCUGAUUUGAAGGUGGUGGUUCAAACUGGGGGGCAAACAGCGCCACACAGUUCACUCUGUAUCCUGUAUAAACAUGUAUGCACCUGUGUCCCUUGUGGUAUAGGUGCUUAGUUUGUUUAUGUUGCUAUGCACAGCAAGUCAUGUGAUGACUUUUAUAUUGUGCCACUCAAGAUCAGAUUUUCAAACAUGCUGUAUUUGGGAAACUAGGAUGUAUGUAGCUGAUUUGUAUGAAACCUACAUUGGGUAAAUAUGUGGAUAAAGUAAAAGGCAUAUGUGACAUGGUUCUCUUAAUAAAGGAACAUUCAAAUGGUGUCUUAAAAAUGUCUAGUUCCCUGUAAUAAGAUGUGGUUGAGAAUGUUAGAAUAAGUUUUAUUUGAAGUGUAAUUAGAAGACAUUGUGCUGCUAUUCUGCAAGAUAAUCUGAUACCUCUGUCUGAAUCAUUUGCCUUCGUCUGCUGUAAUUAUGCAGUGUGCUAUGGGAUAUGCAUUUCUCAUGUAUAUCUGAUAACAAACAGCAAGACACCAAUAAACAAUCAUUUUAGAAGGCUUACUCCAAAUCAUUCUUUUAGGAUAGCGAUGAUAAGAAUCUUCAGGAAAAUUCAGCACUUUGAUGGAAAGUUGUGAUUUGUAUUCAACAUUAAUUUGUAUCCACACUUAAUGUUGGGACUGAAUCUUUUUUUUUUUUUUUUUGGUGGCAAGCGCUCAAUUUUAACAUCUGUGUCACAGCUCUCAAAUUGGCUUCUUGAAGGCAGAGAGGGUUAGUGAUACAAUAUUACUUUUGAUAAUCUGUUUUAAGAUCCAACAUGUAUUGUGAAACAAUAAAAACAACAACUCUACCCUUCAUCCAGGUGAAAGGUUCCAUUAAGUCUUCCCCAAAGUUGAGUGAUGAUUCACCCAUAGUUUAGGAGGGCACAGUUUCACAGUAUUCCUUACAUUAGAGCACUUUAAUGACAGGUGAGACUAGUUGAAUUUCCUGUUAAGACUUUUAUUAGUCUAACAUUCAAUAGUUUCACAAAAUGCUGGAGACUACUGUACAUUUUUCUCAGAUGCUGUAUUUUGUAGUAAAACCUAAUUUAUUUUAAUAAAAGAAAUGUAUGUUUACUGGAAUCAGUAUGAAUGAAUAUAUAUGCUGUUCUGUGUAUUUGUAAAGACUGACUUGUGAUUAUAAAAGUUCUGUAUAAGUAAGGCUUAACUUCCCUAUCAUACAAGGUUCCUUCAAGGAAAACCAUAAAUGAAAUAACUCUUAAUACUAUGAAUGAAAGAUUUAAGGUUUGUAAUGUUCCUUUUAGGGCCUCGGGUACUUAGUCGUAGUAAUGAGUGUUUGAGCAGAUGACUUCAGGUCAGGGGUAAGUUUCCCUAUCCCAGACAAUAUGCAUGCAACUAGCUAUCUUCCACUGAAAAUGACAGCUGCUUGUGCCUUGAAAUAGUGUGGAAGAAGAAACAUCAGUUUCAAUUGCCUCUAUGCUACUGAAUUGUAGCUGUAUCUCACUUUACAAAACUGCCUUCAGGACUUGAUUCCAUAGCUUGCCAACUGUAUGAGAGCUGUGGAGAUCUCUAUUCUUUGGUGCCUUUUGAGCAGUAGCUAAACAUUCUGAAUUUGAAACUGGUGUUAUCAUAGUGGUUGGACUUGCUUUAUAUUCUAAACUAAUGUGAACUAAUCCAAUGAGCUGAAGUGAUUUUUUUUAAACAGUUGUACUCCUGUUGUGGUAUUAAGGUACACCUCCAGCAGCUGCAGCCAUUGUUAGUAAUAUUGCACCUGCUGCUUUAGGGAAAAAUACUUCACAAAGAUGUUUAUCAUUAACCAAAUACAUUCUUAUCUUGAGAGAGCUUUAACCCUAUGGUUUUAAUAUUUGCUGAUAACAUUCCACUUACAGUUCUGAUGUUCUGCUUCCAAAAUGGGACCAUAGAAUUUUAUUGGGGUCUUUUAUACCAGUUGUAGCUUGGAGUCUGUCGGCCAGAAGGUUAUUUGGUUGCUCUUACACACUGAGGCUUGAUCUCUUGGUUGCAAUCUGGUAUCUCUCGUUUACUGAUGAGAUUUGGGCACUGCCAGGAGAGAGAGUGGUCCUUUGCAGGCCAUUCUGCUACUUGAUUAGCUGUAGAAAAAGUUGCACAAUCUUAUUGUACCUUGAAAUGUUCAUUGGCAAUGUUGUUUGAAGGGUUUUAGUAUACAAAGACUGGACAUUUUAUUGAGCCAAGGUAUUUAAUAUGAAUACUCAUAAGAUUAUAAAGCUUUUUUCCCCCCAAACACCUGUACAGUUCCUUAUUGAAUGUUUAAUAUUGAAAGAUCCAAAUGUAUUUUUAUGUUUAUAUUUUCUGCUUUGUUAGUUUGGGUACUUCUUGGUUUUAAAACUGACAUUCUCUUUUAUGGAACACUAAAAUAAAAACUUUUAAUUCAGUGUU